CGGAGAUGGAAAGCCCGAGGCUGCUCCCGGCUGGUGGGACACGACAGAGCGGCGGUGCUCGCAGCCCCGCGGGCGCCAGCCGGUUCCACGGCGGCCCUGACCCGCGGGCUGGCCAGGUCCCCGCGCGCCGCCUCCUGCUGCUCCGGGGCCCCCAAGAUGGCGGGCCCGGGAGGCUGCACGAGGAGGCCCGCACGGCCUCACGGGGCCCGGGCCCGAGCCCGUUGGCCCCGAGGUUGGACCACGCUGGCGGCGGCGACAGCGAUGACUUCUUCCUGGUGCUGCUGGACCCGGCGGGUGGCGACGUGGAGACCACGGGCGCUGGCCAGGCCGCAGGGCCUGUAUGGAGGGAGGAGGCCGAGUCGGUCCCACAGCUCCAGCAGGGUGAGAGUGGCGCGAAUCCCGCGGGCCGCCGGGCGCUAGGCCCUGGCUGCCAGUCCGCAGUCCCCGCCCCAUCCCCGGCUGAGAACCCGAUCCCCGCCCCAGGCCUGGGACCCGCCGCGGCCUUCACGGGCACGGUCACCAUCCACAACCAAAACCUGCUGUUGCGCUUCGAGAACGGUGUCCUCACCCUGGCCACGCCCCCGCCGCCAGCCUGGGAGCCUGGGGUCGCGCCUGCCCCUCAGCCUGGGGGUCUGAUGGCUCCGCAAGCCGGGGUCCCGCACGCCGCGCAGGCCAGCGACUGCCCAGAGCUGCCGCCCGACCUCCUGCUGGCGGAGCCGGCUGAACCGGCGCCGGCCCCAGCGCCUGAGGAGGAGGCAAAGGGCCGGGCCGCAGCCGAAAGUCCCCCCCGCAGGCCGCUGGGCCCAGGCCCGGGCGUGGUGCUGUACCUGUGUCCCGAGGCUCAGUGCGGACAAACCUUCGCCAAGAAGCACCAGCUGAAGGUGCACCUGCUGACUCACAGCAGCAGCCAGGGCCAGCGGCCCUUCAAGUGCCCCCUGGGCGGCUGUGGCUGGACUUUCACCACCUCCUACAAGCUCAAGAGGCACCUGCAGUCGCACGACAAACUGCGGCCCUUUGGCUGCCCUGCAGAGGGCUGUGGCAAGAGCUUCACCACGGUUUAUAACCUCAAGGCACACAUGAAGGGCCAUGAGCAGGAGAACUCGUUCAAAUGCGAGGUGUGCGAGGAGAGCUUCCCCACUCAGGCCAAACUCAGCGCCCACCAGCGCAGCCAUUUCGAGCCUGAGAGGCCAUACCAGUGCGCGUUUUCUGGCUGCAAGAAGACGUUUAUCACAGUGAGUGCCCUGUUUUCCCAUAACCGUGCCCAUUUCAGGGAACAGGAACUUUUUUCCUGCUCUUUUCCUGGUUGCAGCAAACAGUACGACAAGGCUUGUCGCCUGAAAAUUCACCUGCGGAGCCACACCGGUGAGAGACCUUUCCUUUGUGACUUUGACGGCUGUGGCUGGAACUUCACCAGCAUGUCCAAACUCUUAAGGCACAAAAGGAAGCAUGAGGAUGACCGGAGGUUCAUGUGCCCUGUGGAAGGCUGUGGGAAAUCUUUCACAAGGGCUGAGCAUCUGAAAGGCCACAGCAUAACCCACCUGGGCACAAAGCCAUUUGUGUGCCCUGUGGAAGGCUGCUGUGCCAGGUUCUCUGCUCGCAGUAGUCUUUACAUACACUCCAAGAAACACUUGCAGGACGUGGACACUUGGAAAAGCCGUUGCCCAGUCUCUACUUGUAAUAAACUCUUCACAUCCAAGCACAGCAUGAAGACCCACAUGGCCAAAAGGCACAACCUUGGCCAGGAUCUCUUAGCUCAGCUAGAAGCUGCAAAUUCUCUUACCCCGAGCAGUGAACUUACCAGCCAGGGACAGAGUGAUCUCAGUGAUGCAGAGCUAGUGUCUCUUUUCUCUGAUGUGCCUGGCAGUAGUUCGGCUGCAGUGCUGGACACAGCAUUGGUGAACUCUGGAAUCUUAACUAUUGAUGUGGCUUCUGUGAGUUCAACUCUGGCAGGAAGCCUCCCUGCUAAUAAUAAUAAUUCCUUGGGGCAGGCUGUGGACCCUCGGGCCUUGAUGGCCACCAGGGACCUUCCUCAAAGUCUGGAUACCUCUCUGUUUUUUGGAACGACAGCCUCUGGCUUUCAGCAGAGUCCCUUAGAUAUGGAUGAUGUUCCAAGUCUAAGUGUGGGGCCAUUGGCAUCUCUGGGCUCUUUGGCUAUGAAAAACUCGAGUCAAGAGCCCCAAGCUUUGACCCCCAGCAGUAAGCUAACAGUGGACACAGAUGCUCUGACUCCUUCAAGCACCCUUUGUGAAAACAGUGUCUCAGAACUACUGCCGCCAACCAAAGCAGAAUGGAAUGUACAUCCUGACUCCGACUUCUUUGGGCAGGAGGAGGAAACCCAGUUUGGCUUCUCCAAUGCAGCAGGAAACCAUGGCUCUCAGAAAGAAACAGAUCUUAUCACAGUGACUGGCAGCUCAUUUUUGGUAUGAACUAUUAAUUCCUUGCCACGUGGCUUAUUCUUGUGAAUUACACUCAAUUUUUAGCAUAUUCUGGACUAAAUGUUUAACUGCAGUCAUUUCUUAGAGGUUUGAAAAAGAACAACACCCUGGGCUAUAAGUUUGGAGAUUUGAAGUUAUGAUCUUGACCAUGGAACUCUCAAGUUGUGUGACCCUGAGCAAGUCACUUAACCUAUCUGAGCCUUAAUUUCCUUAUUUAUAAAAUGAGUUGGUUUGAAUAGAUGUUGUUUCUAAGUUCUUUUAAGUCUGUAUUUAAUGAUUUUGUGCUCUUCUUAAAAAUUUUAGGAAAUCUUACCCUGAUUAACUAUUGCAUGUACUUCUAAUGUAAUGCAAAUGCAUUGAGAGUUAAUCAUCAGAGAAUGUAGAACUGGUGUUUAACUUUAAAAUUUAAUGGAAAUUUUGCAGAAUGUCAAAAUAUUUCUAAAAUCUAGUGUUAGAGCUUGAAAAAAAAGAAAGCUGAGUAUAUGGGUUAGUUUUGUUUGCCUCCUUAUAUUUUAGCUUCUUUUCUUCUUCUCCUUCACCCCUCCUUCCUCCUCCCCCUUCUUCUCUCUCCUCUGCCUCCUCUUGUUCUUCUUCAUGUUUAUUUUUAUUUUUAUUUAUGGAAGGCUGUGUUGUGGAAAGAGACAGAGCUUUGAUAUGAAUCAGACUCAGAAAUAUUGAUUUAGUGGUGUUGAAUAAGUGGCCUUAUAGAAGUCAUUUAGCAUCAGUAAGCCUCAGUUCCUCAGCUAUACAAUGGUCUUUAUAAUGUAAAUAUACUUGGUCCAUUGUAGACUUAUUUUUCUAUCCUAGGAGUUAGUUUUGAUGGUAGAAUGUUAAUGUGCUUUUGCAUGUUUCAGCAUCUUUGUCACUUUGGCAUGUUUUGGCAUCUUUAUCACUUCUCCUGCCCCUCUCAUUCCUUCCUCAAGGAGAACGAGUUAGCAUAAUUAAAUAUGACAUUUGUGCAAGCAAAAACAUUUAUGAAUGUUAAGAAUCAGGGAAGGGAAUAUCUUUCUUCCACAAAUUAAUUUGGAUUUUUCUCCAUACAAUUCCUGUGUAACAUUGCCCCCAGGUCCAUUAGUCCAAAUUAUAGUAUCUUUGCUCUGCAAUCAAAGCCAGCCCAUAAAGUGAAUAUAUAGAGCCUAUGUUUCCAAGAAAAAUCUGGGAAUGGAUCAGAGUGACAUUUUCUUUCUUUAUGUCCCUCUCUUUAUGUCAUUGCUUGCCUUCUCCCUGAGUUGGAAUGAGAGUUUCCAUUUGCAUUUUGAGUAAAUAUUGUUUGUCUUACAUGAGUAUAGCAUUUUAUAGUUUAUGUAGCACUUUCACAACUUAUAUUUGAGCCUCACAAUAUUGUGAGAUAGUUGUGGCAAAGUUUUAACUAUAACUGAUAUUAAAACUUAAAAUUUACCUAACUCACAUUAUAAAUGAAAUUUAUAUUUAUUAUAUAUAUACAUAUAUAUAGAAAUUUCCACUUUAUUCUUCUGAGUUUCAUGAUCACUUUUGUUUUUAACUACUUUUUCUCUUCCAUCGUAAUUGAUGUCUGUUCCCUUCUGCCACGUCUUGUCUUUCUCCAAUUCUUUAACAUGUGCAUAUCAGUCUGUGUCAUGAUCUCUUUUUAAAUUUUAAUUAGACGGGUCAUUUUCAUGGUCACCAUCUCUCAGCCAUUCCCCUCAUGGCCCAUUCUUCAGUCACAGUAUUUACUGCAAGUCUGAGUAUGCAGUACAAUAUUAUUUUCAGGAUUUAGAUGUCAGUGUGUUUCUAUAUAAUUAAAAUGAUAAUGGGGAUAUUUUUAUGUAAGGUUUUAAUAAGACAUGUUCUUUUACUUUUCUAAAUUUUGUCCCCAUGUUGUUCUGCUAGCAAACACUAUUAGUUGCUCUGAAACAUUCUAGCCCAUUACUGCUUGCCUAUAGAUAUUUGUGGAUGACAAUUACAGCACUUUGGUAGUGCACUUUAUAAUUUGCCACUUUGAAAUGCAACUGUAUUAUCUUUCUGGUUUUUAAAUUGGUUGUGCUCAUUCAGUGAAAAAACAAGAAGUAUAUACAUAAAUUUGUAAUUCAAA